AUGGCCGUGACUACACGCAGUGGACUGGAACACCAAGCUGGUAAUCUUGAUGACACCGGUCUUCGAAUAGUUGGAGACUACGCAAUUCAUCGGUCACCUACAGAACAACCUGAGACUCAAUCCCCGGUACAGAUGACGACUGUUGUAGGCGACGUCCGGCGUGAAGCUCAACCGUCCGAUUUCAAUCCUACCCUCGCUCCACAUCCUCCAGUCCCAUACGCCGUAUCUAAUCCAGAAUGGUGGCAACAGGAAUAUCGUCGAGUGCCUGAUUAUCGCCCCGUUAACAAAGACCUGGAUUCGGAGCAGAGACGACAAAACCGCCUGUUUACCGCUGUGGGGACAUUCAUGAUUGCGGGUUGCUCGAUGAUAGCAGUGCGUGGUUCCUUGUUCUUGCAACUCGACAUUUCGUUACUGAUAUUGAUCUUUCUAAAUAGAACUGGUCGUCACUGUGGAGGAACACUGCUGGACGAUUCACAGCACGCGGAGAUCAUCCCAUUGGCGGGGAAUGGUGAUGGAGACCUUGUACAUUGUCCAUAG